UGUUAAUUUAAUUAAAUCUAUUGUAGAACAAGCGAUUAUAAAACGAUUACUGGAGUUAUAGACCGAUGAUGUGUGAGUGAGUGCGACAUAGUGUGUGACAGGGACGGCAACAUGUCGCGGAACGUCAAGUACCAGAGGCUGGACGAUGUGGAGAUUGGGGAGACUGAGCAGGCCCUGGUGGCGGUUCGAAUCCCGAUCAAGGGUAUGACUUGCCAGUCCUGCGUGCGGAACAUUGAGGGCACUAUCCGUGGACUGCAAGGCGUCGAGCAUGCUAAGGUGGAGUUAUCAGAAAACGCGGGUUACUUCCGUUAUGCGCCGCGAGAGUGCACCGCGGAGGCGAUCCGCGAGCGAAUAGAAGACAUGGGCUUCGACACGCAAGACACCGCUCAGGAAGAGACUAGAAAUCUCCUACCGAAAGAAAUCCCCACAGAUCUGCUAAUAGACAUGUCAGCCGCCGAAGAAAGCGACAUCCUCAUCGUAGUCGGCGGCAUGACGUGUCAGUCCUGCGUUAAUACUAUAGAGGGAGCUCUAAGAGAAACCCCUGGCGUAAUCCACGCCACAGUGGACCUCGCGUCUGGCACCGCCAGAGUCCGGGCCAGCCGCUCCACUCUGACUCCCCAACAGAUCGCAGACAUAAUAUACGAGCUGGGAUUCGAUACGUCCAUCAAGAGCGUUGAUGGAGUCGAAUCCAGUGGGGAUAGUGAAACGAAUUCGCAAGGCAAAUCCAACCAAGAAGCUUCAGGUGACGGCGUGCUGGUCAGACCUUCGCCCGUCAAGAGUAAAACACAAACUAAUGGCAAACUACCAUCAGAGUCAGAGUUGACACGAUGUACGUUAGAAGUGAAGGGGAUGACCUGUGCCUCGUGUGUCGCAGCCAUCGAGAAACACUGCUCAAAGUUAUAUGGUGUGGAUUCCAUCCUAAUAGCGCUGUUAGCAGCUAAGGCGGAAGUCAGUUUUUCCCCCAGAAAGAUUUCUGCUACGGACAUCGCUAACAGUAUAACUGAGUUAGGGUUCCCCUCUGAAGUGCUCAGCGUCGACGACGGAACGGGGCUCAAGGAGAUACAACUCACGAUACGCGGCAUGACGUGCGCGUCGUGCGUCAACAAAAUAGAGAAAACUGUACUUAAACUAACCGGCGUGGCGUCGUGCGCCGUCGCACUCACCACCAGCAAAGGCAAAGUGAAAUACGAUGCUGAAGUAAUAGGCCCCCGCACUAUAUGCGAGGCGAUCAACAACCUCGGAUUCGAGGCGACAGUCGCCAGCCCGAACAGUAAAGGCGCUUCCAACUAUUUAGAACACAAAGAAGAAAUAAGAAAAUGGCGGAACGCGUUCCUAAUCUCUCUCCUCUUCGGCGGGCCGUGCAUGGUAGCCAUGGCGUAUUUCAUGGCCAACAUGGGCCACCACCAUGACCCCAGGGACAUGUGCUGCGUGCUGCCUGGCCUCAGCUUGGAGAACCUGAUCAUGUUCCUGCUGGCUACCCCUGUCCAGUUUAUCGGCGGAUGGCAUUUUUACAAGCAAGCAUAUAAGGCGCUGAGCCACGGCACGUCUAAUAUGGAUGUUCUGAUCUCUAUGACAACUACUAUAAGUUACGCGUACUCCCUAGCGGUGGUGACGGCGGCGAUGGCGUUACAGAAAGACACGAGCCCCAUGACGUUCUUCGACACGCCACCCAUGUUGCUAGUGUUCGUGUCCUUGGGGCGGUGGCUGGAGCAUAUUGCCAAGGGCAAAACUUCGGAAGCUCUAUCCAAGCUGUUAUCACUAAAAGCGACUGAGGCUGUGCUAGUAAAUCUGGAUGCAAAUGGACAAGUGCUUAGUGAAAAGAACAUACCGGUCGAGCUGGUGGAACGGGGUGACGUGUUAAAAGUAGUACCAGGAGCUAAAAUACCAGUGGACGGGAAAGUUAUAUCCGGGCAGAGUACGUGCGACGAGUCACUUAUUACUGGAGAAUCCAUGCCCGUGGCCAAAACUAAAGAUUCCCUAGUAAUCGGAGGCAGUAUAAACCAACACGGAGCGUUACUCGUAUGCGCCACUCACACAGGCGAAUGCAGUACUCUCGCCCAAAUAGUUCGACUGGUGGAAGACGCCCAGAGCAGUAAGGCCCCCAUACAGCGGCUAGCCGACACUAUAGCCGGGUACUUCGUCCCGAUAGUGAUAGGUCUGUCUGUCCUCACGUUGGUGUCCUGGAUGGUCGCCGGCGCCAUUAACGUGGACAUCAUCAAACACAUCAUGCCGGACUCGUACCUAAACUCCGGCUUCUCCGAUUGGGAGUUGAUCGUGCAAACGGCCUUCCACUUUGCGCUGAGUGUCCUCGCCAUAGCGUGUCCGUGCGCACUGGGACUGGCCACGCCCACCGCUGUCAUGGUGGCCUCUGGAGUCGGGGCCAGGAACGGAUUGUUGGUGAAGGGCGCGGAACCACUUGAAAAUGCACAUAAGGUGAAAACUGUGAUCUUCGAUAAGACGGGCACCAUAACUCGUGGCAGCACCGCCGUCGCCAAAGUCUCCUUGUUGACUGGAAGCGCGGACUCUCUGCACGAAGUCCUCUCCUGCAUACUGUCGGCGGAGCUGAAUUCAGAACACCCUGUCGCUUCAGCGAUCGUGAAGUUCUGCCGCAGCGUCCUGGGUUCGGCUGCGCCUGCGCCGUGCGCCGGGUUCGUGGCGGCGCCCGGCUGCGGCCUGCGCGCGCGCGUCACGCUCACACCGACCCUGCCCGCCGACACGCCCAAAUACGAGGCUGGAUCUACGUUCACAGUCUGCGGGGUGCCGGUAGAGGUGGUCGGCAGUGAGGGCGACGCGGCGCUGAGCUCCGCGCAGGCGCAGCACAGGCUCAGCGCGCUCAUACCCACCGACGAGCGGGAAGUAGUGGUACUAAUAGGUAACAGGGAGUGGAUGUCUCGCAACGGGGUCAAGGUCGGUCGGAGGGUGCAGGACGCGCUUAAAGCGGACGAGCAGUUGGGCAGGACUGCCGUUUUGGCCGCCAUUAAUGAUGAGCUGGUGUGCACGAUAGGAGUCUCCGACGAGGUGAAGCCCGAGGCUCACCUGGCGGUAUACUGCCUGAAGAAGAUGGGACUCGAGGUGUGCCUCCUGACUGGGGACAACAGGAAGACUGCCGUCGCCAUCGCCAGACAGGUGGGCAUCAACAAGGUGUACGCGGAGGUGCUGCCCUCGCACAAGGUGGCCAAGAUACAGAAACUACAGGAGCAGGGGCAGAAGGUCGCCAUGGUGGGUGACGGCGUAAACGACUCACCGGCGCUCGCGCAGGCUGAUGUGGGCAUCGCGAUCGCGAGCGGGACCGACGUGGCCGUGGAGGCGGCCGACCUGGUGCUGAUGAGGAACGACCUGCUGGACGUGUACGCGUGCCUCCUGCUCUCGCGCGCGUGCGUGCGGCGCGUGCGUCUCAACUUCCUGUUCGCGUCCGUGUACAACCUGCUCGGCAUACCGUUGGCUAGCGGGGCCCUGGCUGUCUUCGGCCUGCAACUGCAACCGUGGAUGGCGUCAGCAGCCAUGGCGAUGAGCUCCGUGUCCGUGGUGUGCUCCAGCCUGCUGCUCAAGACAUUCAGGAAACCGACCAAAGAAGAUCUCUGUACCCCCGAGUACUUACAGUCCAUAAGGCUGGAGGACUUGGACAAUGUGUCUGUACACAGGGGCCUGGACGAGAGGAUCGACGUCGGGGACCGGGGGAACUCGCCCAUCGCCAAAUUGUUCAACAGACACAAAAUAAGUGACGGCUGUCUAUUGCAAGAAGAAGACGACCUGAUGACCGUCUCUUUCAUACCGAAACGACCGACCAAGGACCAGUCCAGUAUCAACGACUGAGCGUUUCACACUAGAUAUCUAUCUAGACUGAAAUCGGGACUGAGAUGUUUUU